AUGACCUCAUCCUCCCCACUGCGCGGCCUCCCAGCCAGACCCCGGGCCGCAGGAGCAUCAUUGCUGCGGAUUUUGUUCUGGGAUUCGGAUGUUCAUUCUUUUCUCAGGAUCCCCCAGGUUGCUCAGACAGAGCGGCUGCCAGUCAGCCCCAAGAGUCCUGGAAUUUGGACUCAAACCAAGUUUGCCUGGGGCCAGUGCUCUGUGGAGAACCUUCAUCUGCCUUCCGGCAGGUGCCUUAGAAAGGGGCUUUGUCCCCAGCCUGGUCCUCCAGAGCCUGGGAUCUGCACGCGGCCCGAGCUGGGCCAGCACAGGUCCUCCCGGCACCAGGAACCCGAGGCUGGAGCCUCUAUUCAAAUGCAAACACCAGGAGGCGCCUAUGCCAAGCGCACGGUGGGAGGAUGGACGGGCUGCAACUUUGCUGGGAGCCAGAGAGAACUAGGGCCCUCCUGCCCCGACGCCGCCUGCAGGAGGCCCCCAAGAGAAGCCGAGGUGGGGAAUCUGGCCUGGCGCCUGCGGGCCAAGCCCGGGAGCCGCAGAGCUUGUCCCAUCGCGGCGCCCCUCGACGUGGGCACGGAGCUGCAAGUUCAGAAGCGGGGUCUGAAGCGCGGGGCUGCGGCCGGCGGGAGAGGAGGGGGCGCGGAGACACCCUGGCCUGCCCGCUCCUGGGCCGAGCCACUCUUGCCGCCCGCGUCCUAG